AGUGUUACGGAAGACUUCUCUGGGCAGGUUUUGGUGUUUUUCGACAGUUUUGCCAGCAUACCAAGGUGAUAUUCACCGUGGGCAUGCUAGCAAAGGUGACACCUGUUGUUGUUUUGCACACUUCCAUCCAAACCAUCUUUUCCAUUCCCUACUCCUCUGCCAUCCUCCUCUCCUCCUCCUCCUCCUUCUGUUUCUCCAUCUCCCCCCAGUCUGCCUCUCUCUCUCCUCCCCCUCUCUCUGUCUUUUUCCCCCUCUUCUUGUGUUUCUCUCCUGAGAGGUCCACUUUUUUUUGAACACUACGACCGACUGGCCCUCCACCCCACGCAGACAGUACGUCGUGAGAGGAGCGCAGAAGCCAUGUUUCCUCUCCGUGUACACCUGUUGGCAAUGCUUGUCAGCCUGGCGCUCUGCCAGUACGAAGACUAUGACUACGUGCCCAUGUCCAUGCUGGGACCCUCCAGCUCCAACUGCAACCGCGAGUGUGAAUGCCCCAUCAACUUCCCCAGUGCCAUGUACUGCGACAGCCGCAAGCUUAAAUUUGUCCCCGACGUCCCGUCAGGUAUCAAGUAUCUUUACCUCCAAAACAACCAGAUUGAUGAGAUCAAGGCAGGCGUGUUUGACAACGUCACCGCCGAGCUACGCUGGCUGGUGCUGGACAACAACCAGCUCACCAACGGAAAGAUAGCAGCAGGUACGAUCGACAAACUGACCGCCCUGGAGAAACUCUUCUUCAGCCAUAACCUGCUCACAGAGCCGGUUAUCCCUCCCUCCAAGGCCCUGGAUGAGCUGAAGAUGACGAACAACAGGAUGAGCAAGUUCCCCUCUGGGCUGCUGAGUGACAAGGAGAACCUGACCUCCAUCAACGUGCAGUACAACCAGCUGACAUCCGAUGCCAUCGCCGGGGCGUUCAAAGGGGCCAAGAAGCUGCUGUCCCUUGACGUGAGCCACAACAAGCUGAAGAAGCUGCCAGCCGGUGUGCCGAGUUCUCUGGAAAUCCUCUAUGCCGACUACAAUGAUAUUGACGGCAUCGGAUCGGGAUACCUGAACAAGCUGCCAGCUCUGCAGUACCUGAGGAUCUCUCACAAUAGGCUCGUGGACUCCGGGAUCCCUGCGGGAGUGUUUAAUGUGACAUCUCUGUUGGAGCUGGACCUGUCCUUCAAUAAGCUGCAGUCCAUCCCUGAGAUCAACGAGCAGCUGGAGCAACUUUACCUGCAGGCCAAUGAGAUCAACAAGUUUGAUCUGGCAAGCUUCUGCAAGUAUGUCAGCCCCGUCAACUUUUCCCAUCUGAAGCACCUGCGUCUGGACGCCAACAACAUCACCCACCACAGCAUGCCUUCCGAAACAUCCAACUGCCUCCGCGUGGCUUCCGAAAUCAUGUUCGAAUAAGGACGUUGCCUAUCUCCAACAGUCCUCCUCCACUGUUUAUGGAUCUAUGCUGGAAAUAGUUCUCUCAGCAAAUCACCAGUUCCAUAUUGCAGUAUCAAAUUCAAUUAAACACCAAUAUCUCUAUGAUACAGUAGCCUAUGUCAGGAGAGAACAUGAUAUGUUGUUUCCUGUUUUUUUUCCAGGUUAAUUUGUCAGCCAAACAUUUGUACAGUCAAUACUCAAAUAUAUACCAAAAAAAUGCUGUAAAAUUUGACAAUGACAAAAAGCUUAGAGGUGCUGUAGCCAAGUUUGCUAACCAGCUAACAACAAAUUCUAAGAUCACAAUGAGUAGCGCUAGCUGGUUAGCAACCUCAUCGACAACAGCAUUAACGUGUUGAAGCUUCGAUUAUUGAAAACACACACUACAAACAUUCCAACUUGACACGCUAGUGUGUCAAACAGAGACACAAUGGAGUAAACAGCAAAGUUUGCAUCUCCACCGUCUCAGCCGUAGCUUUCAUUUGUCGUCUGUCUUGUGUGUUCUGUGUUUAGCAUUUAUUGUGUUAUGUUUAAAUAAGCCAAUUGCUGUGCAAAGGGCCAGCAAGUGUGUAAUUCGUGAAGAAAUUGUAAAAUACUUUUUCGGUAUACUGACUUCAUUCACAGAAAGUAAAGAGUCACACAUGUUUGUGUAUUGCUGAUUUGUAUUCUUCCCAUGACUUGCAUGAAUUAAAUGGUAUCAUUCUUUAAUAAUAAACUACAGCUUUUGCAGUUCUGGCGCUUCCAUUGUUGUUUAACACGUUUAUCACAAUGGGUGAACUUGUUGUGGAAAACACACAUUGUUUGGAUCAUUUCGUGACUCUGAAUCUCAUGAAUUUACUGUGAGGAAACCCAACUCAGUUGAAUAAACAUUGUUUCCAA